AAAUGACAGAAUUUGUGACGUCAUUUUUUGGACAAUUUAUUUUAUUUUUCUUAAUAAUUAAUAGCCUUCCAUGACUAUUUAUGUGAAAAUAAUUGAGUAUAUAUAACAUUCUAUAUACUGUAAAAAAAUUAUAAGACUGCAAAAUUAAAAAAAACUAAAACCUAACUUCAAUUAAAAAAUUUAAACUAAAUAGAAAAAAAGCGAAUUUUAUAUUUUAUAAAGUUAAAAAUGUUCGUUGUAUUUGUCGAGUUUUAUAGGCGUUUCGAUUAAACCGGAAGUGAGCAGCGGGGCCGCCGUUCGUUGUACUCCGCUGUCUUUGAAAGCGGAAAAUGUCGGACAAACCUGCUAAACGACCGGGGGUCGGUGUCGGGGUUCUGGUCACAGACUUGGCCCACCCAGGCUGUGUUCUUUUGGGGAAGCGGAGGAGCGAAAUGGGCCGAGGAACCUACCAACUCCCCGGCGGGCACCUGGAGUUUGGUGAAUCAUGGGAGGAAUGCGCCGUCAGGGAAGUGCUGGAAGAAGCCGGAGUGCACCUGGGGAAGGUGCGCUUCGCUUCAGUGGUGAACUCCAUCCGGCUGGAGGAGCAGUACCACUACGUCACAAUUAUCAUGCAGGGCGAGCUGGACAGGAGGAGGUCAGGAGAGCCCGAGAACCUGGAGCCGGAGAAGAACGAAGGCUGGACGUGGACACGCUGGGACCAGUUUCCACCUGAGCAAAAGCUUUUCCUGCCGCUGGCCACACUAAGAAAAGAAGGUUUUCAACCCUUCACAGAGACCCAGAUCUAACAGUUACCAUGGAAACCUUUUGGUUCAACCAAAAAAUUGACUUUUUUUGUUACUCAUUUUUUACUUUUUCACUUUUAUUGAACUCCAGAUUUUCAUCAUAUAGUGCAUAAAACCCGCAGGUGUGCUCAGGAAGACAUCAGGUUGACUCUGGCGACGCCUGCUGCCAACAGCACGCUCCAGAAGCUGGCUGCCGCGGUAACCGCGGCACCGCUGAAGGUCUUGUCGUGGGCGUAGGUGAUGAUGUGCAGAGCUCCGCCGUAGGCCUCCUCGCAGGUCGGCUGGAUCUGGUCCUCUGGAAGCUCGAAGGCGAACUCCCCUUUGUCCCUCAGCUCAAAGGUGUAGGUGUAGGGGAUCCCCUGCAUCCGAGCCCAGUCUCUGGAGGACCCAGAGUUGGGGUCUGCAAACCAGGUUUGUAGUCAUCGGGACUGAGCGUAUCAAAACAGCACUGGCGGGUUUGGAUCUACGUACAUAAAACAUCGGGCGAAGCUCCAACGGUGUAGUUCUUCUUGUGCACGUUCCAGAUGGCUGUAGCCGCAGCCAGCCCCACCUCCAUCUGAGGAACCAGACAGCAGAGCUUCUCAAGCUACGUUCACACCAGACAAGCAGGGAGGGGCUUCUUCUUUUUCCUUUUUCUAGUAGCGCAUGUUUGCCACAGUUGGCAGAGGCUGCCAGAUGCAGAGGCAUCUCUGUGAGGCAAAGCCUUCCAUCUGCAGACAUCAGGACUCAGUUUUCCAUGAAAACUUUUCCACGCCUGUUUCUGUUUCUCUCUACACUUUGAGUUUUAUUCACGCGUCAUUUCAUGUCGUUGGGUGCGAGGGAUCGGGAGGAUUGAGGUUAUUCUGUUUGUUUUAGAAUUGUAUUUUCUAAUUGUUUUUAAACCUGUAAAUUACUUUGUGUUGCUGGUGUAUAAAAAGUGCCUUAUAAAUAAAGUUUUAAUUUGAAAGAA